AUGGCCCUGUUUCAGCCAUGCAAUCAAGUUAAAAUAAAAGAUGUAGCAACUGUGCGGCUUAAGUUGCAUGGGCAAAGAUUUGAAAUUGCCUGCUACAAAAACAAAGUACUAGAUUGGCGUUCAGGCGUAAAAUGUGAUAUUAAGGAUGUGGUCCAAUCAGACCUAAUAUUCACAAAUGUAUCUAAAGGGCAAGUGGCCAAUAAGAAGCAGAUCGAAAAGUGUUUUAAGUCACUAAACAAUGACGAGAUCGUUAGGGUUAUACUGCAGAAGGGAGAUUUGCAAAUUAGUCACGAAGAGCGAUUACAAUCACUGCAAAAAAAGUUCAAAGAUGUGGUAUCAAUUUUACACGAAAUGUGUAUAAAUCCUCAAACUGGGUAUCCUCUCACCCGCACAAUGAUUGAGGAAUCUCUUAAGAGCUGUGGGUUUUCGUGUACAAUCGAUGAAUCUACUAAAAAACAGGCGCUCAAAGGAUUUUCGUUGUUAAAAAAGGAAAUGCCAGAACAUAUAUCUCGCGCUCAAAUAAGACUAAGAAUUUUGUUCUCCCACGAACUCACUGAGCAAGUAAGAUCUUUCAUAGAUAAAUGUGAUGUAAGUAUUGAAAAUGAAACGAAGAAUGAUACAUGCGUUAACUCUAAUAGUUUUACCUUUACCUGCUGCCCCAGCUAUUAUAGAGACUUGGAUAACUUUGUCAACAAAUUAUCUCCUCCUGGUACUCUGAAAAUAGUCAACCAUCACGUAAAGGAGCGCCAGACAAGCGAUAUCAAAGUUCCAUCAUCUGAAACGUUAAUGAUUAGUGAAGCUAAGCUCUGCAGUGAAACUUCCACAAAUUCGCCCAAAAUUAAAGCCAGCAUUGACCUUAAAAACGACAAAGUAGUAAAAUGUUCAACUUGUAGAAUAUCAUUUCAAACCAGUAACUUGUUCCGUGAUCACUGCAAGAGCCAUUGGCAUGCUUUUAAUGUGAAGAGGAAGUUUAAAGCUUUGGAACCAAUUACUAAAGAGAUGUACGAUGAAAUAUCUAUUGAUGUUGCUAACGGAUUUCUUGCUGUGGAUUCUUAA